AUGUGGGGUCCCAGGGUGAACGCCAUGGCACCGAAGCACCACGUGAACGCUAUGGCAUCGAAGCACCACCCCAACCUGGUGAGGCUGCUGGGGUUCUGCAUCGACUUCAACGCGGACACGGAGGAGAUGGAGCAGGUGGUGGUGUAUGAGUUCAUGGAGAACGGAGAUCUCGACCGUUGGAUCGGAGACGAGGCACCAAAGGCGCUCUCCCUGCUCGAGCGUGUGAACAUUUUCAUCGAGGCUCCGAAGCCGCUCUCCCUGCUCGAGCGUGUGGACAUCCUCAUUGGUGCGGCCCAUGGCUUGGAGCAUCUGCAUUUGAGGCGCCUCAAAAGUCUUCACCACUAUCUGCUCCCUACUUUCACCUCCCUCCCUUCUCCCAUCAGAGGCACCGAAGCCGCUCUCCCUGCUCGAGCCUUUGGAGUGGUGAUGCUGGCGGUGAUAACAGCACAGCAUGCCGUGCGCACCCAGCAGGACACGAGCAGAGUCAACCUCAAGGCAUGGGUGGCACCUCUAGUUUCUGCUCAUGACGUGGCAUCCUUCAAAGACCCUCGCCUCGAAGGCCCUGCUGACGUCAUCCUCCGCCUCGCUGAGCUGGCGCUGAGCUGUACGGCCAUGCCGACCGCAUCGCGCCCCGAUAUGAUGCGGAUCAUUGGAGGUCUCAAGGCGAUGCGAGCCGAGCUGACAGGUGGCGAUGUGGACGAGCGAGCGAUUAGGAUUGACUCUGAGCUGGCGAUUGGUGUGGGAGAGACGUUGGAGGAACAGAUUAUGAGGGUGGAGAGCAUGGGGGAUGGUGACAGGGGAGGACUUAUUGAAGACACACCAGAUGUCCCUGUUCUCCUCGACUGUCAGGCGCUGUGGAUUCGCAACUUCACGGGAUGGACCACGGGGGAGGAUUGUGCCACUGCGGAGGGGCUGCAGUGUGACAGUAACGGGAUGAUCGUGAAGAUGUCAAUGGAGAUGUCGUCUCUUGCAGGGGUGCUCCCGUCGUCCAUCGGCAACCCGACGCACCCCAUGCAUCUGACCGACCAGCGCCCUUUUCGCUGCUCUCCCCCCUCUCCAACCACACACGCUCCCUUCUCUUCCCCUCAGGUCAAUGGAGAUGUCGUCUCUUGCAGGGGUGCUGCCGUCGUCCAUCAGCAACCCGACGCACCCCAUGCAUCUGACCGACCAGCUCCCUUUUCGCUGCUCUCCCCCCUCUCCAACCACACACGCUCCCUUCUCUUCCCCUCAGGUCAAUGGAGAUGUCGUCUCUUGCAGGGGUCAAUGGAGAUGUCGUCUCUUGCAGGGGUGCUGCCGUCGUCCAUCAGCAACCCGACGCACCCCAUGCAUCUGACCGACCAGCUCCCUUUUCGCUGCUCUCCCCCCUCUCCAACCACACACGCUCCCUUCUCUUCCCCUCAGGUCAAUGGAGAUGUCGUCUCUUGCAGGGGUGCUGCCGUCAUCCAUCAGCAACCCGACGCACCCCAUGCAUCUGACCGACCAGCUCCCUUUUCGCUGCUCUCCCCCCUCUCCAACCACACACGCUCCCUUCUCUUCCCCUCAGUCGACUCAAAACACACUUCCUACCCCUUCCCUCACCCCCCUCCCGUCACCACCCCCCAUCCCUCACCCCUCCGAUGCCCUACCUUCUUCUUUCCCUUCCUCUCAUCCUUCCCUUCCCUUCAUCCAUUCCUGCCCCUCUACCCAUCCCUCGCCUCACCCCUCCUCUCCCUCACUCCUCCUCUCCCUCACCCCUCCUCUCCCUCACCCCUCCUCUCUUUCACCCCUCCUCUCCCUCACCCCUCCUCUCCCUCACCCCUCCUCUCCCUCACCCCUCCUCUCCCUCACCCCUCCUCUCCCUCACCCCUCCUCUCCUUCACCCCUCCUCUCCCUCACUCCUCCUCCUCUCCCUCACCCCUCCUCUCCCUCACCCCUCCUCUCCCUCACCCCUCUCCUCCCCUCAACCACUCCUCAUCUCGCCCCUCUCCUUACAGAAACUUCUUUCGGAACAAUCUUAACAGUGGCAUCACCACCACCUUUGGGGCUCUAACAAUCCCACCACCUUGCAUGCUCUUGCCUAUCCGCUCUUCUCACUGCCUCGCCCUCUCCUCCCCUCCCGUCCUCAUCACUCCUCCCAGCAACCUCUUUCAGACCAACCUCUUUGACAGUGACGUCCCCACCACCAUUGGGGCGUCCACAAGUCCCACCACCUUGUCCCUCAUCAGUUCCCCCAAUCCGUCCCUCCACCCCUUCGCCCCUCUGCUCCCAGCAACCUCUAUCGGAACAAUCUUGACAGUGACGUCCCCACCACCUUUGGCGCUCUCACAAUCCCAUCACCUUGCAUCCCCUUGCCAAUCCGCCCCACCCUCUCUCCGGUUCGGCCCUCGCCCUUCCCUCCCCACUUCGUCCCUCCCCUCCCCUCUCCCCUCUCAUCACUUCCCCAGCAACUUCUUUCAGAACAACCUGGACAGUGACGUCCCCACCACCUUUGGCGCUCUCACAAUCCCACCAUCUUUGGCGCUCUCACAAUCCCACCACCUUGCAUUUCCUUGCCUAUCCGCCCUCUCACAAGCUCGCCCCUCCCCUCCCCCUUUCGCCCCUCUCCUCCUUUCCCCUUUGCCUCUCCUCCCAGCAACUUCUUUCAGAACAAUCUCAACAGUGACAUCCCCACCACCUGUCCUGCCAGCACUCCCAUCACCUCCCAUCCCAUCCUCUCCGCUGUACCUCUCCCCGUUCGCCCUUCUCAACCCCUCGGCCCUAACCUCCUCAUCCCUCUCCUCACAGCAACUUCUUUCAGAACAACCUCGACAGCGACAUCCCCACCACCUUUGGCGCUCUCACCAACCUGCAGCACCUCAAUCUGGGCAUCAACAUGCUCACAGGCCCGCUUCCUCUCUUCCUCCACACCCUUCCAGUCGACUAGAAGUCCUCUCUCUCCAUUUCGCUCCCUCCAUUCGCUUCCCUUUCACCCCUUCCCCUCCUCCCACCCAUCACAGCAAUCUGGGCAUCAACAUGCUCACAGGCCCGCUUCCUCUCUUCCUUGACACACUCUCACUCCUCACCUUCUUGAAUUUGGGCGACAACAAGCUCACAGGGACGCUGUCGGCUGGUCUGGGGAACCUCAAGCAGCUGCAGUUCCUAGACCUGUCCAAGAAUAACGGACCUGUCCAAGAACAACCCACUGGGAUCACUCGCACCCCUCACCUGCAUUCACAAGUCAUUCUCCGCGCCUCCCCCACUUCCUGCUUCCCCGUUGACCCCUGCCUCUCCAGAGAUCUGUCCAAGAACAACGUAUCUGCGUCCCUGCCAUCAACACUGGGAUCACUCUCAACCCUCACAUGGCUAUCAACCCCCAGUUCCACCACCGACCUUAAAGCCCUCCCCCACCACCUUUCACUCAUCUUCCCUGCCCGUUAUCCUCGUUACAGUGAUCUUCAAUACAAUGCUUUGGAGAACAGCAUCCCCAGUUCCAUCACCAACCUCACCGGCCUCACCUACCUCAACCUUGCAAGCAACAAGCUCAAUGGCUCUGUUCCUGUAUUUGACGGCUUCCCUGCACUCACCUACCUUCGACUCAAUUCCUCUUCUCCUGCGUGUGUUCCCACCUUCCCUUGCAGCGGCCUGGGAGGGAACAGCCUGCAAGGCACCUUCCCUGUCACGGGCAACCAGGCUCUUCCCCUCACGGAGUGUUUCGAGAAGACUCAAUCGGCCUGGGAGGGAACAGCCUUCAAGGCACCUUCCCUGUCACGGGCAACCAGGCUCUUCCCCUCAAGACACUCGACCUCCGAGGCAACAAGCCUCGCAGGCGGCAUAUUUCUACUAAUACUCUCUCCUUGCUCCAUCUCCUCCCUCUCGGAGACCUCCGAGGCAACAAGCUCGCAGGCAGCAUCCCUCGCUCCAUCUCCUCCCUCUCUGCUCUCGAGCAUCUGUGAGUUGGUGAUGGGGGUGCCGCAGGGUGGCUUACUCAUCCCACCCCUCUCUUCCCCUCCCUUGCAGCCUAGUAUCAGAGAAUCGCUUCAAGGAUUCACCACCCGACUCCAUCACGAGCCUCGUCAGCCCAAGCCCACCACUCCCCUCGACCACUCCCCACCACCCCCCUCGACCACUCCUCACCACCCCCCUCGACCACUCCCCACCACCCCUCUCGACCACUCCCCACCACCCCCCUCGACCACUCCCCACCGCCCCCCUCGACCACUCCCCACCACCCCCCUUCUUGCUCCCCUCUCUCGCUUCCUCUGCAGGCUGCUAUCAGAGAAUCGCUUCAACGGCUUCCUACCUUACUCAUUAUGA